AUGCUUCCCCUCGGUGACGGCUCUUACUUCGCCUCGCACGGCCGUGUCACCUGGUACGCGGGCCACUCGAUGGACGCCCCAGCCUGCGGCGGGGCUAGGCCUAGCGAGAAUGACUACGUCGCUGCGGUGCCGAAGAUGCUGGCGUCCAAGUGCGGCCACCAUUUGCUGAUCCUUCACAACGGAAAGACGGUCAAGGCCAAGAUUGUCGACUGGUGCCAAGACUGCGAGGAUCACCACCUCGAUGUUAGCCCCAGCACGUUCAAAGCGCUGGCGCCGCUCGAUGUGGGGGAUAUCAAGGAUGUGCAUUACCGCGUGCUCGCCAAGAGCGGGCACUAG